AUGGCCGAUCUCGCCGCCCGCCUCACCAAGCGACUCGCGGACAAAAACUGCACCAGCAACCUGGUAUUCUCGCCGCUCUCCAUCUACGCUGUCCUCGCGCUCCUGGCCGCCGGCGCUGGCGGGGCAACCCUGGAGGAGGUCCUCCGCGUCUUAGGCGCGCGGUCGCGCCGCGAGCUAGAGGACUCGGUGGCGCUUCUCCGGGAGGGGCCCCUCAGAGACAUGUCUGAGUCCGGCGGGCCGAGCGUGGCGUUCGCGUACGGCGCGUGGAGCGACCUGACGCGGCCGAUAAAGCCGGCCUACCGCGACGCCGUCGUCGGCACCUACAAGGCUGAGGCCAGCGUCGUGGACUUCCUCAACGAUCCAGAGCAGGCAACGCGGCAGAUCAACACCUGGGUCGCGGAGGCCACGAUGAACCUCAUCACGUCCGUCGUACCUCCGAGAUCUCUGGACCCGAACACCAGGCUCGUGCUAGCCAAUGCUGUCUACUUCAAAGGCAAGUGGAACCUGGCGUUUGACGAGAGACAGACCACGAACAAGCCAUUCUACCGGCUCGAUGGCACUGCCGUCAACGUCCCGUUCAUGACCAACUACUCUAGGCACUACAUCGCGGAGCACGACGGAUUCAUGGUGCUCAAGCUACGCUACAAGAGCUCACCCUGUACCCGAUUACACCACUGCAUGUGCAUCUUCCUCCCGGACUCGCUCGACGGCCUAGGGAGCCUGCUGGACAAGAUCACGUCAUGCACGAUUUGGGGUCUCCGGCUACCUUUCUCUCCAGAGGCCGACCUCUCUGACAAGCUUGAGGAAGGCGGCUCCGACUUGCCGCUCCUCGUGCAUGACGUCUUCCAAAAGGCUGUCAUCGAGGUCAGCGAGGAAGGAACCAUAGCUGCCGUUGUCACAUAUUCACCUACUUGCCCGACCUACAGUCCAGAUCCGUCGCGGAGAGUGGAUUUCGUCGCCGACCACCAGUUUGCCUACUUCAUCGUGGAAGAGGAGUCGCACACAGUCAUCUUUGCGGGACAUGUUGUCGACCCUAGCAAUGGAGCCGGGGUGGCGAUCCCGUUCCCUGCCCCGUUUCAGGAGUACACCACAACAAAAAGAAAUUGUGACGAGGCCACUGAUGUAUAUGGUUCAUCUUUCCCUGCAUACAAUCCGGUAUCACCUGCAUACAACAGUCCGGCAUCGCCGGUAUAUGAUCCAUCACUCCCUGCUCGUCCAGUAUCGUCGAUAUAUAAACCAUCACCCCCUAGUUACAGUCCAAUAUCGCCGGUAUACAGGCCGACUGUUCCGUUUGAGUCGGACAGGUUGCAAAUAGACUUUGUGCCCAGGGCCUUGAAAGAUUUCAGAUUUGUUUGCAUGAAACUUCUGCUGCUUGAGAUUGAGGGUGUGUUUGGUAGCCCGGUUCACCUGGGAAUCACUUUCUCAUCUGAGCAUUGCUCACCUGAGACUAGCUGA